GAACAUAAAUUCAGUCGGUAACAAAAUACCAUUCGCUUUUGUCCUGCCGCACCGCUAGCAUGAGUUUAAAAAAUAAACUUGCAACAGUUCUAAUCAUCGUAACCGCAUCGUUGAGUCUAAUCCUCUGCGCAAUCUGGUUUUGGCUAGGGUACGAAUACAUUCCCAACAGAGUAUCCAAUAUAGAAGACCUAAGAAAUGCUUCCUUCGAUUUUAUCAUUGUGGGAGCCGGAACUGCUGGUUGUGUGCUGGCCAAUCGGUUGUCGGCUAAUUCUAAUAACUCGGUCUUGCUGAUAGAGGCUGGAGAUGUAUUCGGGGCAGCUUCUAUAAUUCCUCUGUUAAGUACGACCAUGCAACAAACGCAGUACGACUGGGCUUUCCGAACAACCCCGCAAAAGUAUUCCUCCCGCGGACUAAUCGAUAACCAACAAUUCCUACCACGUGGUAAGGGAUUAGGUGGCUCGGGACAAAUCAACUACAUGUUACAUUUUACCGGGAAAAAGGAAGAUUUCGACCGCUGGGAACGACUUGGUGCGCAUGAUUGGAACUAUGAACGAAUGAAGCCUUAUUUGAAGCGUCUCGAAUAUGGAACGGAUAAAUUUGAGGAAGCCAUUGAAGGUCACUGUCAUACUGAAUCGAAAGAUAUAUAUGAGCCAAUACCUCAGUACCAAACUAGCGCACAGAGCAGCGACAAACAGUCUUCACUUAAUCAGUGUUCUUCGACAAUCAAAAACGAAAAUCCUAAGCAUGUUACACAAUCUCUAAACUGGUACAUCAACACCGUCAAUGCCGAGAAUAAUCCUUUAACAACAUCAUUCCUACAAGCUUCAUUCGAACUAGGCUUGAAUGAUGAUUUUCAUCCCGCGCGCUACACAAUUCGAGACGGAACUCGCUGGAGUAGUUACCACGGAUAUCUCAGACCAGCCUUCGAACGAAGUAAUUUAAAAAUUUUAACCGAAUCCACAGUUCAGAAGGUUGUUUUCAACGAUCACAACCGUGCCAAAGCUGUGCUAGUCGAACAUUCAAGCGGGCAUUACGUGGAGAUUGAAGCCAAUCAGGAGAUAAUUUUAAGCGCCGGAGCAUUCCAGACACCAAAAAUCUUAAAAUUAUCCGGUAUAGGUUCGGCCAUCGAGUUGAAGCGACAUGGGAUUCCCGUAGUUCAUGAUUCACCAGGAGUCGGUCAAAACUACUUUGACCAUCUCAACAUGCCACUGUUUAUAUCAAUCAAUACUACUGCUAGUGUCACCGUGGACAAAAUUUUAAAUGUUCCAAACAUAUGGAACUAUUUGACCAAGGGAUCCGGUGUUCUUUCGACAACAGCAGUCGCAGGGGUUGGUAGCCCACGCGGUAGUAAAUACGGGAUAAUACUGUUUGGUAUGGGCAGUGUAGAUGAAAAAGCUCUGAGGCAUGUGUCGAAUCUUAGACAAGAUGCGUUUCGUGCCCAUUUUCCAUUUUACUACAAUAAAAGUCAGGAAGGAUUUCUCUUCUUGAAUACAUGCCAUCAGCCAACAAGUCGUGGAGCAAUUUAUCUGCGUGAUCGCCAGGCACAAUCACACCCCUUUAUCAAUCCCAACUAUUUGAAAGAUAAGUUCGACAUUGAAUGCAUGGUUUCUGCAAUUCGAUUGGCCGCACAGACCGUCGAAACUGUUCCAUUCCGAAGAAUUGGAGCAAAAAUUCACUGGCCAAAAAUUCAAAGGUGCAUCAACUUUGGACCACACCUUGAAGAUUUCCGUACGAAUAAUCCCAGUGAUCGCUAUUUGGAGUGCAUUCUGCGGGAAUCUGCAUUGACCGGUCAUCAUCCUGGUGGUACAACCGCCAUCGGACUCCACUCGGAAGCAGUGGUAGAUAAUAACUUGAGAGUUAAUGGUGUCGAACGCCUACGAAUAGUGGAUGCCGGAGUUUUUCCUGCUCCGGUAUCUGGCACUCCGAACUCAUUAGUUGUUGCGGUUGCAGAGAAAGCAGCAGAUGUUAUACUUAGUCUACAAGAUGAUGGAUAAAGAUUGUUUUUACAUAAAACCUUCUCACUGAUUCAAUAAGUAAAUGCGUUCGUCAACAUGUUAUUCUUAUCAAGGUUCAUAGAAAAGAGGAUUUACCUAAGGAUCUAACUAACAAAUAAAAACCCUUUUGUAUCCACCUA